UCAUGAAUCGGACGUUGUCACGACGCGUAGGAAGAAGAAACAUCGAGCGCGGAAAGAAAUUUGAUUUUUUUUUAGCUGUCAGUAGUAAAAGUUAUAAGCGUCUAUAUUGCGGGGACGCGAAUAUAGCAUUUAAGUAUCGUGCUCAGCAGUUUUAGCUUUUGUUGAAUGUUGCCUUAAUAGGAUGCUGGUGUGUGUUUUUAGUUUUUUAAGCCUCCACGAGGUCGGAGUACAACACAGCUAACGGUUAGCCGGUUAGCUCUUUGGUCCUGCUUGGUUUUUUUUUUAAAGCCUCUUAAUGUAAACUAGUACAACCUAAAAUGUCGGGCUUUAACUUCGGGACAAGCACCCUGGGCUCUGCUAACCCCGCCGUGGGCUUUUCGUUUGGAGCCGCGACCAGUGCGCCUGCUGCAGGAACCGGUGGCUUUAGUUUCGGUGGUCUUGGAGCACCAACCUCUACUCCAGCUGCUACUACCACUACAUCUUCUCUAGGCCUCGGGGGCAGCUUGUUUGCCCAGAAACCAACAAGUGGAUUCUCUUUUAACACACCUGCCUCAGGAGCUGCUGCACCAUCUACUGGCCUUACUUUAGGAGCACCUGUUGCAUCUACUACUGCUUCAACAGGGUUCAGCUUUGGUUUUGGGAAACCAGCAGCCUCAGCAGCUCCAUUUUCAUUGACAACCACCACCUCUGCCCCAGCAGCUACAGGCCUGACUUUGGGCUCCGUCCUCACCUCCUCUGCCCCUCAGACUGGCUCCACUGGCUUCUCAUUGAACCUGGGAGGAACAGCGGUUACCUCCUCUAUUCCAGCCACAGGCCUCGGUCUGGGCACAUCUAUUUUCUCCAGCUCUGCAUCAACAGGCUUAGGGCAGUCUACUCUUGGAGGGGGCUUGACUCUUGGUAGUUUGCUCUCAUCCUCCACAGCAUCCACAGCCCCUCUUGCCCCUGCACCCAGUGUUGGUUUGGGUGGAGUGGAUUUCAGCACCUCCUCUGAGAACAAGAGUGAUAAAUCAUCUAGUGCUAGACCUGAAGACAGCAAAGCUCUCAAAGAUGAAAACCUUCCUGGUCCCAUCUGUCAAGAUGUGGACAAUUUCCAGAAGUUUGUGAAGGAGCAGAAGCAGGUUCAAGAAGAGAUCAGCAGGAUGUCUUCUAAAGCCAUGCUUAAAGUGCAGGAUGACAUUAAGAGUCUGAAGCAGCUUCUGUCGGUCAGUGCUAGUGGACUGCAGAGAAAUGCCCUCUCCAUAGACAAGCUCAAGAUGGAGACCGCUCAGGAGCUGAAGAACGCUGAUAUUGCACUGAGAACACAGAAGACACCGCCUGGGCUUCAACAUGAGAAUACUGCGCCAUCUGAUUAUUUCCGAGGUUUGGUGGAGCAGUUUGAGGUGCAGUUACAGCAGUACCGCCAGCAAAUCGAAGAACUGGAAAAUCAUCUGACCACUCAGAGCAGCAGCUCUCACAUCACCCCUCAAGAUCUCUCCAUGGCCAUGCAGAAACUCUACCAGACGUUUGUGGCCCUGGCUGCACAGCUGCAAGCAGUUCAUGAGAAUGUAAAGACCUUGAAGCAUCAGUAUCUAAGCUACAGGAGAGCCUUCCUGGAAGACUCUACAGACGUUUUCGAGUCGAAGCGAACGGCCAGCCGGAAGCUGCAGAGUACCCCGCGAGUGACCACAGGCCCGGCUCCAUUCGGCACCGUCCCCAAUGCUGCAGCCGUUGCCAUGGCUGCCACGCUCACACAGCAGCAGCAGCCUGCUCCAGGAACACAGGUGCCCCUGGGGGCGAGUUUUGGGACUCCCUUUGCCUCGGGCAUGGGCACUAGUAUGGGCUCUACCAGCCUUGGAGCUUUUGGGAGCGGGCCGGGGUUCGGGGCUGUGGCGACUGGAGGCUCGUCGUUUGGUUUUUCCGCUAGCAAGCCAUCUGGAGGGAGCUUGAGCGCAGGGUUCGGAAGCUCCAGCACCUCAGGCUUUAACUUCAGUAACCCAGGAAUCAACGCAUCAGCCGGGCUUACAUUCGGGGUGUCCAACACUCCAACAGCAGGAUUCGGCACAGGAGGGCCUCUGUUGCAGCUCAAAAAGCCUCCAGCGGGCAACAAGAGGGGCAAAAGAUAGAGCAGCUGACGCGGAAGGGGUAAAGGGAAUAAACAUUUAGGCCACAAGAAUUCAACUUUAGUCACAGAUGUUUAUAUUUUUGAUGGGUAUGCUUAAAGGAAUACUUUAGCAUUUUCAACCUUCUAUAGCUGCAUUACACCAUUGAUUACCACAGACGAUUCCAAUGUGCAUCACUGUACUUGGAAAAUAACAGAUAAAGCCUGUUGAGUCCUGA